AUGGAGUCCCAAGCUACCCGCAGUCUUGUUGAACAUAUAUUUGCUAAUGCAAAUAUACCAAGAAUAUUAAGUCGUACACUAUUAGGAUUUGCAGCAGAUAUUGAGGAUGCUGUACUUAAUGUUGUUCUUAAUGAAUAUCUUGAUCCUAAUUCAUUAAAUGAUAAUAUUGUUCGUUGGACAGGUGUCAACAUCAACUUGCAGAACUUGAAUUUCGCGACCUCUCUCUCUUCUAUUGCCUCUUAUACUCAGCAGAAUGUGCGACUACAUGUACCUAUGAUGGUAGAAAAUGCCUUGAGGGUAGUAGUUGAGCCAUUAACUCAGGCAUUAUCUGAAUUUGCUGCGGAUUUAUCUAAUACCUUACUUGCAGUAGGAGCAAAAGAACUACCAAGUCGUGCUCUUGCCCGCCCGCGUACAGUGCAUGCAGAGUUGGUGAAGUAUUACCUUGAGAAAUCUCGUGUAUUGGAUACAGAGGGGCAGAAAUAUGUUUAUGAGGCAUUCCUGACGGCAUUUAGCGACCAAGUCCUAAGUGUAUUGAAUCCACGAAUGACGGAGGGUACACCUCUUGGUGGUUCCCCUAUGGAGAAAAUUAUAUAUAAUACAGCCCUUGCUCCCUUUGAGAAUGUUGCAGAUAUAUCUAUGUUUACUUUAUGGGGAAAAGAGUGGAAAUUAGAAACAAAAGAUUACCGCAUGCAAUUCUAUUCAACUGUACAGGCAGCUACUUAUGGCUUAAUAGGGAACCUUGUGUUACAGGUAGUUAUAUGCGGUAAUAAGAUAAGACUUUCUUUCUUUGUUGAACGGAUAACAGAAGAAGACCCUGAUGCAAGAAAAUUACUCAAACGUUUAUUCAGGAAACCUUUAUUACGAUUUUCUUUCAUGGAGGAACCUAAUAGAGAAAGAGGAAGAGGAAAAAUAAAGAUAUACACUAUUGAGGGAGAGAGGAAGCUGUUAUGUGUAUUGGAUACAAAACAGAAACCUUUAAUGACACAAUCAUUUGCACAAGUAGAUUUUGUUCAUACAAUUAAUGAUACUAUAAAGGAAUAUAUAAACACAGAAGAACAAAGAAUAACAACACCUUUAUCCAACUUGAAUUCUGUAUUUCGUGGUAUAAAAAGAGUAAGCGAAUUGCAGAAGAAUGCAGAUACAUUUAAGACAAGAUCGUUAUUUCCUCUUCUUCUUGAUUAUGAAUAUUAUACACAACCUUAUUGGUUCUCUAUUGAUUUCCAUCUUGUUAUGGGUAGCCCCCAACAUAACUCAGGUCCUAUGCAGCUUACCGUCAUUCCUAAGGAAACUGCUGCUCAUCGUACAUUCAGUUUUGACCAUUUUGCCCAUCAAAAAGAAAUUGCACAAAUACCUAUUCAGUUGCAUGCACCAUGUAGAUCGACUACUGAUCUUAAGGGUACAAUCAGAAAAGUUGCAGCAUGGAUUACAGGAAAGGCAAUUGGUGGCGCCGCUGGCUGUCUACGAAGAGUUGAAUAUAUUCGCACCGAAGAUAAAGAAGAAUUGGCACUUUGGUGGGUAGAACGAGCAAAACUGCAAACAAUAACAAUCCGUGUGCGGGCUAUGAAUCAGCCGAGUAGUGAAUUGCCAACGAGGGACAGAAAAGAGGCACGACUAGGAAGAUUGACGGUUCGUACAAUGACCCGGGUAAUGGAUUCAGAGUCUGCAAACUCGGGUACAUUAGUAUAUCCUUCUUUACGUUGGUUAAUAUUUAUCUUUGUUUCUUCUCGUAGUGUAUUAGCUGGAUCAUUUCGUAGGGAAAGAUCGUUAUUUGGUGCAUCCGCCCUCUUGCAGAAUCAGGCAGAGAAGAGAGCACAAAGAGAGCAAUACUCCCUUAAGUUGAAUUUCUUCAAGGUAUCAAGAACAGCAACAGAUCCAUCAUGGAGUUUACGUAUUAAUGCCUUAUUAAUGCAGCCAAAAUAUGCGCAACUUAUUGAUGCUCUUGGUCAACAGAAAGAGGAAUUCGUGGAGAAUCUAGCCAAUGCAUACACUGCAUGGGUAAAUCAGCUGCAUGCAGUGUCUACACCCGGUACAGGAAGCACAUUAUCCGGAGAAGAUUUAGAGGCAAUGUGUAUAGAUAGAACAAGACUAGAGGAAUGUGAGAAGAAAUACGGUAUGUGGGGAUCUUUAUUCUUUCAAGAACCUAAGUUACAACUAGGUAAGACAAUAGCAAGAAAAAGAAUGGUUUCUCCUUUCUUAUUCAAGUAUUGGAGGAUAGAUCGGCCUUCUUCCUCAGCAAAAAUUGCUAUAGGGGAUUUAGAGGAUUUAGAGGAAUAUAAACAUACAGCAACAAGAACACAUAAUGUACAGAUAAUAAGUACAUUACAAGCAUCAAUAUCUAUAUUAUUGAAUAAAUAUAGACAAGCAAUACAAGAAGAAGAAGCAGGAAUGGAUGUUCGUAGUGAUUAUAAGAUACAAAUCAUGAAAUAUUUACAUCUUGUUAUGUUAGAUGUACUAAAAGAAGCACAAAACCCUAAUGAGGAAGUUACUCCUGCUACCCUGAGUAGCAGUUUACGAUCUGCAGGAUACGAAGUACUUGUACGUUUAUCUAAUAGUAAUUCUUCUCCUUUUUCUUCCUUAGAGGAAGAAAAGGAGAGAUUUGCUGCUAUUGAGGGUAUGGCAGAGAUGCUGUAUAAGGAUCUACAGCUACCUGUACGUAGUAUUCAUCUACGCUCUCUAUAUGCAUUACGUGUUAAGGUAUAUGAUGGUCCUGUUCCUCUUCCUUUUGCUACAAAGAUGGUUAGGAGUAAUCCAUUAGCUAUGCAUGCAGGUUUCCAAUUAUUUCCUAUAGAUUAUAGUAUACUUAAUGCAUGCAAUGGGGCUGGGGCUGGAUCUUAUUGUCCUCAUCCUUCUGUUAUGUGGAACCAUGUAUACAUUACUCUUCUUGUUCUUACACAACUUAUACAAAGAAGAGAUGCUGUUAGUGAAUUAUUAGCUGCAGAUUCUUUCUCUCAAGUUACUGGACAAGAAAGAACAGAAAGUGCAUUAGAACAGGUAAUAUAA